AUGGCUGUCCAAGCAAUUAGACAAUUUUUAAAAUCGAAAACUUCAUAUGAUGUUUUACCAGUUUCUUAUAGAUUAGUUGUUUUGGAUACUUCACUACUGGUUAAGAAAUCUUUAAACAUUUUACUUCAAAACAAUAUUGUCUCUGCUCCUUUAUGGGAUGCUAAAACUUCAAGAUUUGCUGGGUUAUUAAAUUCUCAAGAUUUCAUUAAUGUGAUACAGUAUUAUUUCCAAAAUCCUGAUAAAUUUGAAUUUGUUGAUCGUUUAACCUUAAAUGGGUUAAAAGAUGUUGAAAAGGCUAUUGGUGUGGAACCUAUUGAUACAGGUUCAAUCCAUCCUUUUAAACCUUUAUAUGAAGCUUGUGUUAAAAUGAUUGAGGCAAGAUCAAGAAGAAUCCCAUUAAUUGAUGAAGAUGAAGACACUCAUAGAGAAAUUGUUGUUAGUGUCUUGACACAAUAUCGUAUCUUGAAAUUUGUUUCAUUAAAUUGUAAAGAAACUGCAAUGUUAUUACAACCUUUGAAAGAUUUAGGAAUUGGAACAAAUAAACAAAUUUCCACUGCAACUAUGAAUACCCCAGUGAUUGAUGUUAUUCAACUGUUAAGUCAUGGAUCUGUUAGUUCCAUUCCAAUUGUGGAUGAAUCUAAUAAAUUGAUUAAUGUUUAUGAAGCUGUUGAUGUCUUGGGUUUAAUUAAAGGUGGUAUUUAUAAUGAUUUAUCAUUAAGUGUUGGAGAAGCAUUGAUGAGAAGGUCUGAUGAUUUCGAAGGUGUUUAUACAUGUACUGUGAAUGAUAAAUUAUCUACAAUUAUGAACAACAUUAGAAAAUCAAGAUUGCAUAGAUUAUUUGUUGUUGAUGAUGAUGGGAAAUUAGUUGGUGUUGUAACCUUGAGUGAUAUCUUGAACUAUAUCUUAUUUGGUGAACAAGAUUAG